UUGCCAUUCUCCCUCCAAAAAUACUUUAUGUUCACUUGUGGUUAUGUAACUUCGACAUCCAAUAGUCACGUGCAGAAAUGUUGACCCUGAUUUUCUUCCCUUGUUUCCAUGCCAUCAGGAGCAACUGCCUGUCUUAGCCACUGUGAUUGGAUACAGUGGGGUAGCAGGAGCUUAUGUAGCUCCGACUUCUGUCGCUGUGUGUCGCUGUUGUGUGAUGGGCGCAUGACGCACAACGCACUCUUUGGUUUGUUCAGUUUGUUUCCGGGUGUCAAACGAGUAGGGGCGAGAAUGACUGCGAUGUUUACGUGUUGUCUAGGUUGUUGCGGUGGUGGCGGCUCGGGGCAUAUUCCCCUCAAAGAAAUGCCUACGGUCCAGUUAGAUACUCACCACAUGGGCACAGAUGUUGUCAUUGUAAAAAGUGGCCGUAGGAUAUGUGGCACUGGAGGGUGUCUGGCCAAUGGUCCUCUGCACCAGAACAAAAGUUAUUUUGAGUUUAAGGUCCAGUCCACUGGUGUCUGGGGUGUUGGCGUGGCCACACAGAAAGUGAAUCUCAAUCAAGUGCCUUUGGGCAGAGACACAAACAGCUUAGUCCUGAGGCAUGAUGGGUCUGUGUACCACAAUAAUGAAGAGAAGAGUUGUCUGCCUGCAAACAGCCUUCCUCAGGAGGGUGACAUUGUGGGCAUCACAUAUGAUCACGUGGAGAUGAAUUUAUAUCUUAAUGGAAAGAACAUGCAUUGUCCUGCCUCAGGAAUCCGAGGCACUGUGUACCCAGUUGUUUAUGUGGAUGACAGUGCCAUUUUAGACUGCCAGUUCAGCGACUUCUAUCACACACCUCCUCAAGGAUUUGAGAAGAUCCUCUUUGAGCAACAGAUCUUCUGAAGGAGCACUUCAGCGUCAGUCUUUCUUUACAUCGUCAUCCUCUCCUAUAGCAACCUCUGUGACACUACAGGUUGACCUUGAUUGGAUCUUAUUGUUAUGUGUGACCUUGUUUUGUAUCCCUUGAUUACUCUGUCUCUAUACUGAUGCUCUUGGCUGACCUUGUAGAACUGGGGAUUUCUGAUUGUUGCUUGGCUACGAUGGGCUGCUGCUGUCUAUGCUGGUGGAAAACUGUCAGAUGAUUACCUUGUGUCACCUUUAACUGAACAGUUAAGUGAUUGUGAUUAUAGUUGUCUGUGUGUAUGUGCCAGGAUCAGAAGCCAUGUUUAUUGACAUUGCUUUAUGCCCGUGUUUUUCAGCAUGUACUCUCCUUAAUACUACACUGACAUCUCAGCAUACAACCUAUAUUUAUUUGUAUUUAUUUGAGUUACAGCUCAAAUUGAUGUCUAUUUGGUAUGCCCAAAAAAUGUUUUUGUGUAGCAAGAGUGUGUGGACUAAUUGAGGGUCAGCUGUCAGUAGUGGCACAACAUUUACAAUAUCCCUUUCACCUUUAUGCUGCCUUCACUAAAAAUGCAUCUAAAAGAGAGGAUAUGACAACAUUGUUAUUGACGUCACUAUUUCAGUUUGAGUUUAUACAGAGAGGGUUUAAUAUACAGGUAAGACAGUCCAGGGGACAGUUGGUGUCUGAGACUGACAUAUGCCCAGGUGACGGUACUGGAAAAUGUUUUACAAAAUGAAAUAUAUCUCAAAAGCUGGACACUAAUAGCUGUUGAGAUUGGUUUCUAAAUCACUUGUAUAAAAGUCCUUUAGUUUUCCCACACUCUUCUCGUCCUAAAACCAUGUAUGGAGUAUUUAUUCCAAGUAUCUGGUGCUGCUUAUCUCUGAUUAGAAAUGUGUUUAAAAAUCUGGUCUGUGUUCUAGUGGCAUUGCAUAUCUGCUGCUGAGUUGUGACACUUAUUUCAAAUGCUCGUCUUUGCACCAGGUGCUUCAUCAAAUCCAAAUACUGACUGAUUAAAGUUUUGUGUGGAGGCAUC